UGAUCUUUCAGGUCUUCACAUCGUAGUGCCAAGUACCUCCCCACAAGCACUGUCGUGCAGUGCCGGCACAGCAUGCAGAAGUUUGAGGACUUGAAAGCUGAGCUGGAAAAGCAGGAGGAAAGACAUGUGAGAGAGGUGAAAAAGAUUCAAUCGGAGAUUGAGGAGUUGAGAAGGCGCGUCCGAGAAUAUGAAGAGACUGAGCCGCGCAGUAUUGGUUUCAAUGACAGCUCCACUGACUCCUUCGUUCGAACUGUGGAGUGGACCAUCAAGAACUUCAAAAGCGAGGAGAAGCUUUGCCCCAAGGGCACGCCCAUGUGGUCUCCACGCUUCAAGCUGGCAGGGAUCAACGAAGUACGUUUGGAGUUCCUGCCCAACGGACGAGAGAAAUCGUGGAAUGGCUUUUGCUCGCUUUUCCUCUGGUGUCCUCCGGGAACCAAAAUCAGGUAUCAGCUUUGGGUUGGUUCCUUCAUGAAGGCUCCAGAUGAAGACACGUACGACGGAGAAGUGGGACAUGGCCAUUCCAAUUUCUGCCCGUUAGAGCCAGAGAUCGACCUUAAAAACGACAGUGUGACCGUGGGUUGCAAUAUCUUUGAGGUCAUGACCACCUACAACAUCAGCGAGAGGAAUUUGAGCCUCUACGCUUGGCCGCUGCAGCACUGGGUCAAGAAGGAGGCCGAAGUCCUUGAAAAUCGAGGAGUAAAGUCCAUCACUUGGAAGGUGAAAAAGGUGGGUCAGGCAUUAAACCUUUACCAACGAGGUGCUUCCAUAUGUAGUCCAUGCUUCACAGCAGCCGGCAUCAGUGAUAUCCAGAUGGAGUUCUAUCCAAAUGGCUGUGCGGCCACCAAGAAGGAUGGCUUCUGUUCCCUCUAUGUGAGAUGCCCGGAGAAAGUGGUUUUGAUCCUCACAUUGAUCGUGGGAAAGGUCAAGAAGGGGCCCAUCAAAACCACUUUCGACACUGCGUCUGGGAAGGGCCUCCCAGACUUCUGUAACUUACAGGAACAGAUCAAUGAGGAUGACACCGUAGACGUGGGGAUUGAGUUGCAAAGUCGACCCUCCGCGUCGGUGUUGACCUUAGCAAGUUGAUCUGAGGGCACGCGGCCACGCGACAUGGCCCUAUUUUCGACCCACACUGACUUGCGAUUUGACGACCGGUC